AUGAGUGCAAUACUGCUCUUAUUCUUCUUCUGUUUCUUCCGCAAACUUCCCUCGGGAUUUGGAGCUCUACAGGUUGGCUUCUAUGGCUCUUCCUGUCCAAAAGCAGAGUCCAUUAUACAGCAAGUGGUGCAGCGUCGUCUCAGUGGCGACAGGUCCCUAGCUGCAGCUCUGCUUCGUUUGCAAUUCCAUGACUGCUUCGUUAGAGGAUGUGAUGCUUCGCUUCUGAUAGACUCCAGGAAUGGAUCGAGAUCGGAGAAAGGUGCGUUUGAUAGCUUGUUCCUUCGAGGCUUCGAUGUAAUUGACGAGAUCAAAGAAAGCCUGGAAGCUGAAUGCCCUUCUACGGUUUCGUGUGCCGAUAUCAUAGCCCUUGUCGCAAGAGACGCAGUGGGCCUUGCCGGAGGACCCAAAUAUGACGUUCCCACAGGGAGGCGCGAUGGCCUUGUUUCGAAUGUCGCCGAUGUAAAACUACCACAGCCUGAUUUUCCAAUGAGGCGAGCUCUUCUUUCUUUCACCGAUGUUGGGUUAACAUUAACUGACAUGAUCACCCUUCUGGGUGCUCAUACGCUUGGUGUUGCCCAUUGUGGUUUCUUCGAAGACAGGCUUCAACCAGGACCUGGGAAUCAACCUGCUGAUGAUCACCCCCCAAUGGAUCCUGUGUUGAAAGCUAAGCUGGCCAAGUUUUGUUUUAAUGAUGAUGAUCGCACUGCGUUUAUGGACCAAAACACACCCUUUGUAUUUGACAAUUCAUUCUAUAAGCAGCUUCUUCGCAGAAGGGGCAUAUUGGAACUGGAUGAACGUCUUGCUUUUGAUAAUUCCACUAGAGCUCUUGUUUCCAGGUAUGCAGCAGACAAUGAGGAGUUUUUGCAGAACUUUGCGAGAGCCAUGGUCAAGAUGGGAAGCAUUCAAGUUCUGGAUGGAGAGAGAGGGGAGAUUAGAAAAAAUUGUAGGGUUUUUAAUAAUCCCAAGUAG